AUGCUGUGCCUGUAUCAUAUAGUACAUACUGUUACGCGGUUGCGAAGACGCUCUCAGCAAGCUAUGGACCCCGUUACUUGGUAUGCCCUAGCAAUUGGGGGACCUCUUUCCACAUCCAUCGUAGUGAACCUAGCCUUGCUCACGUUCAACGCUUUACGAUACCUAACCCAUGGCAACCUCCUGCAUUAUCUCUCGUGGAAAACUAUCUUUCGAUCAACACGCCUUCUCAGGCGAAUUACCUGGCUUCGUCUCAUGCUCGCUGUUCUCUUCAUUGCCGCCAAUGCCGUACCACUGGCCGUCGGUGUUCAUGACGUCUCAGGCUUCGUCCGGCGGUCAGGCGUUUUGUCCGUGGUCAACAUGGCACCGCUCUUUCUGGGAACUCAGAUGAAUGUGAUUGCGAGUGGCUGUGGGCUGAGUUUACGGGCUCUUGUUGCUCUGCAUCGCUGGCUCGGCAUCAUGGCCAUCGUCCAAGGUCUCACCCACACCGCCGUGGCGCUGUCGACUGAGUCAUCCACUGACGUGGGGAAGUUCAGCGACACUUCGGGCAUUGUGGUUGCGAGCAUCAUGGUCGCCUUCCCUUUGACUAGCAUUAUUCGACGACGCACAUAUGAAAUGUUUGCCGCCGUCCACUUUGGCCUCGCCGUGUGCGCUGGUGUCUUCGUCUAUCUCCACAACCCUACGUCGAACGUGCUGGACGCGCCCAAGAGAUAUGUCGUGGCAGCCGGCGGCUGUCUGGGUCUCGGGUGGCUUGUACGGCUCGGCAUGAUGGUGUACCGCAAUGUGCAGCUCGGCGCGCCUUCGAGUCGGGUUGCUGUGCGCACCAUCACGUUCGAGCUGGGAGAAACAAGUAUACCGGUCGAAGAUGCUGUGCACAUCCACGUCCGACUGCCAAGGCCAUGGAAUAUUCGUGCCGGACAGUACGUCUACCUGACUGUGCCGGCGGUCAGUCACACAGCCGUGGUCCAGUCUCAUCCAUUCUACAUUGCAUGGUGGUAUCGUGUCAACGACGACGAUUACAUCGUUCUCAUUGCACAGAAGCAGCAGGGCUUCACACAGAAAAUCUUUCACAUGAAGGACAACAAGCUCACCAACAACUACCGCUCCAGAGCGUUCAUAGAUGGACCCUACGGUCAAGAGAUGAACCUCGACGCGUAUGACAAUAUUGUCCUCUUCGCGACCGGCAUUGGAAUCGCCGGUCAGCUUUCACACGUCGCGCAGCUUCUCAGGAGCUACUUCGACUGCGGCGUCAAGACAAAGAGGGUGACGUUGUUCUGGCAAGUGGAUGCUGAGAUUCAGCUCGGGUGGGUGGCCGACAGGAUGCAGCAGCUGCUGGAGCUCGACGAAAAAAGCCAAGUCCUACACAUCUAUCUAUUUGUGGUCGGCGGCUUCGUAUCGCGAGAGGCUAGCGCAACCAAUUUUGUCAACCGAGGCAAGCGCAUCGUCGUGACGUACAAGGACAUGGAUGCAGCGUACCUAACGGAUGCUGAGCUUGGCCAACAUGGGGGUCGUACUGUCAUAUCUCUGUGUGCAGACCCCCAAAUUGUCGAUCGAGUCCGCGACGUCGUACAGCGCAGGGGGGGCGCCAAGGUCCGCUUGAUCUGUCUGGACUUUGGCCCCGAUAGUGCGCGUCGCCCUGGAUUGUGCCUGGCAUGA